GUUUCAAUUCCACUGUCAAUCAUCUGUUUCUAACGCGUAGUUGUAACGGUGUAUGUGUGUGUGAUUGUUUGUCUGAAUGUUAGUGAUGUCGGCGUUGGGAACUGACAUUUAGUUAAAUUGUAGAGCUGUUUUUUAAAUAUUAUUGCAAUGGCAAACAAAGAGCAAGUGCCCUUAUCCGGCGACGACUUGGACUGGAUUCAGCUGCGCCAAGAUCUAGGACCACAUGUUGAAAUAGAAACCACUAGAGAGAAGCUAGAGCGCAAAAUCAAGGAGAACCCUUUGGUGCCGAUUGGAUGCCUGGCCACGACAGCUGCAUUAACAGCUGGACUGUAUAAUUUUCGCACCGGCAAUCGGAAAAUGUCCCAAUUGAUGAUGCGCACACGUAUUGGCGCACAAGGAUUCACUGUGCUGGCUUUGAUAGUGGGCGUAGUGUAUACCUAUGGUGAUAAGAAAUAAAACAAAUGUAGAAUAUUUAGCUUAUGACAUGGGUAUGGAGCACAUAUUAUAUACUAUAUACUGAGUACACUAAUUAAAGAAAUAUAACACUUGGUU